UCCAUAAGAGAGUGUGCCACAAAAGAGAGCUAUAGGGUACCUUCCCCUUCCCUCUCUGCAAUUUUCUUUUGUUAAAUAAGGGAGAUAUGGCCUUAAUGGGAGACCACCAUACAUUGGCAGUCGUUUUUGGUGUCUUAGGUAACUUCAUCUCAGUCCUUGUAUUUCUGGCACCACUACCAACAUUCUACCGGAUUUUCAAGAAAAAAUCGACGGAAAGUUUCCAGUCGCUGCCGUACCAGGUGGCAUUGUUCAGUUGCAUGCUGUGGCUGUACUAUGCGUUGAUUAAAAAGGGUGCUUUCCUCCUCAUCACCAUCAACUCAUUCGGAUGCGUUGUGGAGACGGUUUACAUAUCUAUGUACUUAGCUUAUGCUUCAAAGGAUAGCAGGAAGUCUGCCAUGAAACUUUUUGUAGCAAUGAACGUGGUGAUCUUCUCCUUUAUUCUCAUCCUCACACACUUUCUGCUCGAGAGUUCGAUUCGUGUCCCGGUUCUUGGCUGGAUUUGUGUUGCCAUCUCUGUAUCAGUCUUUGCAGCACCCUUGAAUAUCAUGGCAAGAGUUGUUCGAACAAAGAGCGUUGAGUUCAUGCCUUUCAACUUAUCAUUCUUCCUCACACUGAGUGCAGUCAUGUGGUUCUCCUACGGACUAUUCAUUAAAGACCUUUGCGUAGCUCUCCCUAACGUACUAGGCUUCAUACUGGGGAUGCUCCAGAUGAUUCUAUACGCAAUCUACAAACACAGCGAAAGGGCAACUGUCAAGGAUCAGAAGAAGCUUCCAGAGCAAACGAAAAGCAUCGUCGUCCUCGGCACAUUAAGCGCCUCUGAAGUUCAUCCCGUAGCUUUAGACAUUCAACAUGCUGAUAAAGAACCAGUGGCUGCAGAUUCGAAUGAAUGUCCAGUUUGAAAUAAACACACACUGAUCAUCGAACACUGUACCCUUUAUUUUGAAGAAGAUGACUACAUAUAUGAAUAUAUAAUAGAGACGUGCUGUGUUUUUCAGUUUCCAUGUUGAAAUAAUCUUUGUAGUUAUUGUUUUGAAAUGCAAACCAUGAAUUGUUCUGGGCAUUUAUUUUCCAUUUGUAGAGUAUCGUGUUGACGAGGAAAGAUGAAUGAAUUGGAACUACUGGUGGGUU